AUGUCCGCGCCACUCAUCUGCGGCUUAUGCGGCGUGGAUAGUCGCAGGAUCAGCCCAGACCACAACCCAUGGUCCAGGUACUACCGGGCGAUAUACUGCGUAGGGCUGGAGAGUCAGGAACCGCAGCUGUCGGGACUUACCUUCCACCGCCGCGGGGAUGAGAUCGAAUACCUCCCGCCUAAGGCCUAUCAGCGAUUUGAUGACGAGGGCCUUGAUCCCCUGUCAUUGAUCACUAUUCGAGGCUUCCGCCCGCCAGGAGCCCUUGAGCUUCAGGAAGAUGCAAGUUAUGCCUGGGGAUUUCGAUUCCAUGAUUCCUGCUGGAAGCUAGUUGAGCAGGCAUCCGCGCCAGACCCGGUCAACCUCAAAUUGCUGUGGCGUAUCUUACUCUCCGUGCCACAUACAGCAACCCUUCCUCUCUGGGGGCACAAUUUCGGCGGCCUAUAUCUUGGGAGCAGAAGGGAUUAUCCCAGGGGGAACAACUUUGUAAUUAUAGGUUCUUCGUCGAGUCUCAUCAUCCCGAGCGCAUAUCGUGACCCGCUCGAGGUCCCCGAGCUGACGACUCGACUUGCUCAACAACGAAUAAAGACUGGUGAUACAGCAUCGUUAAAUGCAAAACCCAUAUGUCUCACAGCCUCCUCAACUAGGUCCCUCGACCCAUUCUCUGUCCUGCCAGUAGAGCUGAGAGAAAUCAUCCUGACAUAUGUAGCUACCGAGGAUAUUUUGUCUUUUCGCCUCUCAUCGCGUGUGAUAGCCGCCACCCGCCUCUCCCAGUAUUUCUUCCAGAGUAGAUUCUGGGCUCGUCGCGAAUUGGACUUCUUUUUCGAUGCUUUCUUGCUCAGCCCAGCUGAGAAGGCUGGCAUUGAUUGGCGGGAGCUUUAUCGGUCCUCGAAAGCACGCAUCAAGUAUAAUAUGGUUGGCCUUGGAGAGCGAAACCGGCUUCGCAUAUGGAAGCAGACAGUCCGACCGCUGACGCAGGCUAUUCAUGAAAUCACUAGACUGAGCGAGCUGAAGGGGAAAUCGGAGUCAGACUGGCCCCAGGAGUUAGCAGACGGUGCUCAGGCUACGUGGACAUCCAUCGAGACAUCCCAGUGCCUUGAUCCCGAAUUGGUAGGUGAUAUCACGCGCCAGUUAUAUCGAGCAGAAAUUGAACUCCCCUCGUCGAAAAUCGAGGCUAUACAUGUCAGUUUAAUCGACUUCUUCGGCGUCAAAUACAUAUCCGGUCUCGCCUUCGAGACAGAGCACGGCGAAGACAUCGAGCUUGGCUACAUCAUGCCUGGUUCCGAAGAGCCUUUGCUUGUCGAGGCCAGUCUCGAGGGAUUCCACGUUGCCGUGGAUUACUGUGGCUUCAAAGCAAUAUCUCCCUAUACAAGUCAGCAUAUGCAAUCUGAAUAUCUGGAUUGGGUCGGCGAUAAAGAAGAUUUGCCCGUUCGCACACUGAGGUGCAGUGAGGGUGCGGUACGGAGAAUUAGGGCGACGUUUGAUGGAUUUAGAAUGCAAUCACUCCAUCUACCAUAG